CUAACGCCAAUUUGUAGUUUUUCCCUAGCUUCUUCGGCUCCAUUUUCACGGAGGGAGCCUCUGUGGGCCGCGUUCUCCUCUUUGGGACCACUUGAAGCAGGAGAAACCCGACCGAACCGUAGCGCCAUGCCCGCCGGACCGUCAGGAUUCCCAGAAGUCCUUGAGAAGGAACAUAAACUUCUACAGAUCAAAGAAGAGGAACCAGAACAUUUGCAGAUGAAGGAGGAGGAACUGAAAAUUUUUCAGAUCAAAGAGGAGGAACCGGAACCUGUACCGAUCAAGGAGGAGGAACCGGAACAGGAGAUCAAAGGGGACGAGGAAGAAGAGCAAUUUGAAGACAAACCGAAAAAUGCUGAGGAUGAGGCUCUCACUGAGGAAGACUGUCAUCAGAGGUGCUUCAGGCAGACUCUUGGAGUGUCUGAACCUUCACUGCUCAAGGAGGAGCAAGAAGACGCCUGCAGCAGACACUAUGGAGGCUCUGCUCUCUCUGACAGUCAAGGUGCCACCAGUAGCUUUUUGGCUGCUCAGAGUUCCCUGUUAAAGUUUCCAUGCCUCAUCUGCGGCAAACGUUUUAGCUUUCAAAGUACGCUGCUGCGCCACAUACGGAUCCACACAGGGGAAAGUCCAUAUUCGUGUGACACAUGUGGAAAAAGCUUCAAUCAAAGCGGCAGUCUGAUGAAUCACAUGAAGACCCACACAGACGAGAAACCCUUUUCCUGCCAAACUUGCAAUAAAGGUUUCAGCCGCAGCAACGACCUGGUGUGUCACAUGAGGACUCACACUGGGGAGAAGCCGUUUACCUGCAGAACCUGCGGAAAGCGCUUCACGCGCAGCAGCGACCUGCUGUAUCACACAAGGACGCACACAGGGGAGAAGCCUCAUUUCUGCAACACUUGUGGAAAGUGCUUCAGUCUCAGCAACAGCCUCCUGCGCCACAUACGGAUUCACACCGGCGACAACCCCUAUUCCUGUGAAACGUGCGGUAAAAGUUUCAACCAAAGGGGCAGCCUGAUCAUCCACAGGAGGACCCACACAGGUGAAAAGCCGCACGCGUGCCAGACGUGCGGCAAAGGGUUCAGUCGCAGCAAUGACCUGGCCUGUCACAUGACCACUCACACGCGGGAGAAGCCGUUUUCGUGCAAAACAUGUGGAAAGUGUUUUGGCUUCAGAAGCAGUUUGCUUCGCCACGUCAGAGUUCACACAAAGGAGAGUGCAUGCUGACUCAGGAAGUCAGAAGAUGUUCAUCUUUGCUCAUACUUUGCAUCCUAAGAGACUAUGUGUCACAUGAUGCUGCUAAAAUGAAUGGUUCUGUUCACUUUGGAUUUUCAGCUCAAGUUUUCCUCCAUAAACAAACUGCUUUCCCUGUUUGAUUAAAUAAAGUAACCAUGAUCACA